AUGGUCCGAAUUGACCAAUGGGAUAACGGUCUUACGAAGAACCCUCAUGAUCCACUCGAUAACGGAAGCCAAAUAGAGAAAACUUUCGAAGAUGGACUAUCUUUAAAGGAUAGGUCGGAGGACGAGUUUGAUGUUGUGCAACCAAUAAGCGAGAAAGAACUUGGCGAGGAAUGGUCCACUGUUAUUCGUACCAUUGCCACUACUCUCCCACCUCCGCAAUAUUUCAAAAAGGGUGAUAGGUUCUUAGCAAAAGUGCUCAGUGCUAUUUCACCGCUUGAAUUUUAUGUAAUCAAAGUAGCUCACAUAAGUGUGCUCCGUGAAAUCGAACGCAUUUUAUCUUAUUGCGAUGAGAAGCUCUGUCGUCAUCCGCUAUUAGAUUCACAAUGUCGCCCAGAACACGCCUGCCUCGUCAGAUUUGAUGAUAUCCUUGCAAGAGCUAAAAUUGGCCAUAGUGGAGCUCACGAGAUGCAGGUAUACCUUGUGGAUUACGGUAGAUCGCUCUUUAUCGGUCGAUCGCAAUGCUUUGCAAUGCCAAAGUGUAUCGCUCAAUAUGCACCACCCCUGGCGCAUAAUUGCACCUUGAGCGGUAAGUUGAUGCCGUUGGAAGAAUAG